AUUUAAAGAACCCCAUCCAAUCAGAGCGAGGCAUCAUCCCCCCUCAUCUUCCUUCUUCUUCCUCCUCCUCCUCCUCCACUCCACUCCCUCCUCAUCGAUCCGGCCAAAAGCUACCCAAAUGUUAUCGAUCUCACCAAAAGAGAAGCAAAAAGAGAGAGAGUAGCAUCAAAAGAACAACCGCAUCGCCACUCAUCUCGCCUCGCCUCGCCUCGCCUGCAUCCGUCCAGCUCGCAAUUUACAUGCAUGGCUACUAGGUUGUUGUGUAGCUAGGUGGGCUACAGGCUACUAGCUCUCAGCUCGGCUCGGCUCGCCAUUAAAAUCCCUUGUUACAGCGCCUUGCUCGGUCUAACACUUUGUACCGCGCCAUAUGUUGCCGCCGCCUCCUCGUCGCCGUCGUAGCUUAGAUGGAUACGCUGUUUAGGUUGGUUAGCCUCCAGGCCGCCUCCGAGCAGCAGCAGCAGCAGCAGCAGUCGGCGUCCUACAACUCGAGGAGCACGACGUCGAGCGGCUCCAGGUCGUCGUCGCACCAGACGAACGCGUCGUACAGCUACUACCACCACAGCAGCAACAGCGGCGGCGGCGGCGGGGGUGGGCAGUACUACUACGGCCAUCAGCCGCCGCCGCCGCAGUACUACUACCUGGAGCCGUACCAAGAAGAAUGCGGCAACGCCCCGCACCACCAGCUUUACAUGGAUGAAGACUUCUCUUCCUCGUCGUCGUCGAGGCACUUCCACUCGCACGGCGCGCAGGUGCAGCCGCCGGCGUCGUCCACGCCCAUGGGGACGGCCCCGACGCCGCCCCUGUCCACAUCUUCCACCGCGGCUGGCGCCGGGCACGGGCUGUUCGAGGCGGCGGACCUGUCGUUCCCGCCGGACCUCAACCUCGACUUCUCGUCCCCGGCGUCGUCGUCCGGUGGCGGGGGGACAGCGUCGUCGGGCGCGGUCGGAGGCGGCGGUGGCGGGAGGUGGGCCAGCCAGCUGCUGCUGGAGUGCGCUCGCUCGGUGGCCGCGCGCGACAGCCAGCGCGUGCAGCAGCUCAUGUGGAUGCUCAACGAGCUCGCGUCGCCGUACGGCGACGUUGAGCAGAAGCUGGCCUCCUACUUCCUGCAGGGCCUGUUCGCUCGGCUCACGACGUCCGGGCCGCGCACUCUGCGCACGCUCGCGGCGGCGUCCGACCGGAACACGUCGUUCGACUCGACGCGGCGCACGGCGCUGCGGUUCCAGGAGCUCAGCCCCUGGUCGUCCUUUGGUCACGUCGCCGCCAAUGGCGCCAUCCUGGAGUCCUUCCUGGAGGUAGCCGCCGCGGCGUCGUCGGAGACGCAGAGGUUCCACAUCCUUGACCUGAGCAACACGUUCUGCACGCAGUGGCCGACGCUGCUUGAGGCGCUGGCCACGCGGUCCGCCGACGAGACGCCGCACCUGUCGAUCACCACCGUGGUGUCGGCCGCGCCGUCCGCGCCCACGGCGGCGGUGCAGCGCGUCAUGCGGGAGAUCGGGCAGCGCAUGGAGAAGUUCGCGCGCCUCAUGGGCGUGCCCUUCCGCUUCCGCGCAGUGCACCACUCCGGGGACCUCGCGGAGCUCGACCUCGACGCGCUCGACCUCCGCGAGGGCGGCGCCACCACCGCGCUCGCCGUCAACUGCGUCAACUCGCUGCGCGGCGUGGUCCCUGGCAAAGCCCGCCGGCGCGACGCGUUCGCGGCGUCACUCCGCAAGCUGGACCCGCGGGUCGUUACCGUCGUCGAGGAAGAGGCAGACCUGGUGGCGUGUGAUCCCGACGCGUCGGAGGAAGGCGGCGACACGGAGGCUGCAUUCCUCAAGGUGUUCGGCGAGGGCUUACGCUUCUUCUCGGCCUACAUGGAUUCGCUCGAGGAGAGCUUCCCCAAGACAAGCAACGAGAGGCUGGCAUUGGAGAGGGGAGCGGGGCGUGCCAUCGUCGACUUAGUCUCGUGCCCGGCGUCGGAGUCGAUGGAGCGGCGGGAGACGGCGGCGGCAUGGGCGCGACGCAUGCGGUCGGCCGGGUUCUCUCCGGUGCCAUUCAGCGAGGACGUCGCCGACGACGUGCGAUCACUGCUGCGCCGGUACAGGGAGGGCUGGUCGAUGCGCGAGGCCGGCACGGAAGACUCGGCGGCCGGAGCCGGUGUGUUCCUCGCGUGGAAGGAGCAGCCUCUGGUGUGGGCAAGCGCGUGGCGGCCAUGAUCGAUCGUCGUCAUCGACGGAUCGAGCUCACCGACGCAGACGCAUGCAAAAGCUCGGUCGACGAAUAGCACAAAAAGAGAAGGAUGAGGAAUGCCGGGUCUCUGAGAGGAUUAGGUGAUGGGGUGAUAUCAUGAGCUCAGAACCAUUUGUAGAAAAAUCAUAAGCUUGCACCCUUUCUCCUUGUCCUUUUUCACGCAGAAGCUGCAGCAGCCGUCCCACUAUACCAGAUUUCUUUUGACACAGCGUGCUCCUGCUGCCCUUUUACUUUGUCCAGCUUGCUCUAUAUAUUUAUUACUUUUGUAUCACUAAUUAUUGUCUGUGAAUUGUGACUUAUAUAUAUACCGGUUCGAGCACGCAGC